AUGGCCCCCUCGGCGGAAAACCACAGUCGGUCACAUAGCCUCUUACUAUUCCAGAAGCUGCUCAACCUGAGGGAUGGCGCGAGCCCUUUGACCUUGGUGCUGGACAGUCUCGAGCAAGGCGCCGCGCCAGUCCUUCGGGAGUUCGUCUCCAGAGCCAAGGUUGCAAAAGCCAAAGUAAUUCUGCUGUCUUUCGCGACGCUCAAACGCCCACGAGGCGUGGACGUCGUCGUCAGAGCCCGCGGCAAAACCCUCAAGGCCCUGAGAGCAGAGAUUCUUUCACAUUAUCCCAAGAUAGACCCUACGGCAGUCAAGGGUGCAUCUCCGUCUCAAAAAACGGUAGUCCUGCUCGACUCCCUCAACGAGCUCGCCACAGCUGCGUCACAGGUCCUGCCCAGCUUCCUCUCCAGCAUCAUCAUGCCCGCCGUGUCGCUGGUGGCCGUCUACCACACCGACGUGCCCCUCGUCCUCUCGCGCGCUGUGAGUGAAUACGAGCCGCACCCACUGACGGUGCUCUCUCACUUGGCGACCUCGAUCCUGAGGCUCUCGGGCCUAAGACAGGAGAUUGAGCGCCAAAAGGCGCGGAACAGGAGUUUGCAGGAGCCCGAGUGGGGGCUGGGGGAAGGGCGGGAGGGCGUCCUCGUCGGGCUCAAGGGCGACGUCAAGUCUGAGGAUUAUCACGGCGUCGUGGUCGAGAUGGAGGUCAGGCGGCGUAGCGGGCGGGCCAUGGCGGAGAAGUUUGGUAUCUUGCCACAGAAGUUACAGCAGGUUUCUUCCUCCGCCGCUUCUACUGCUGCUGCAAAGGGGUCGAGGAUCUUCCUCCUCUCGGAGCACCCCGUUUUCGCUGCCCCUGAGGGUUCUGGAGAGGCAGAAGCAGGUCGCGGAGAGGAUGAGGAGCCGGAGAGCACGUUCAACCUGGGUCUCACAGAGAAGCAGCGUAGGGACAGGGAGGGUAUUGUUCUUCCUUACUUUGACGCCCAAACGGACAUAGGGGCUGGCGAGGGUGGCAGGAUCCUGUAUGAGAUGGGUAGGGAGGAUGACUUUGAUGACGAGGAGGAUGAGAUUUAG